AUGGCAAGCUUCGGAAUGGACGGGUUCCUGCUUACCUCUCAGAACAGUAUCGUGUCGCUGUUCGCCGCCGACAACGCCGAGGACGGCUCGUUCGAUGUCUUCAUGGAAGUUCCGGUGGUCGGAAACGGUGAUUUCGCCGAAGAAGCAAAGGAGGCUACGGCACGAAGCAAGGCGGGCAACGACCUGUUCAAGCAGUACUUCAAGGAAGCGCGCAAGAAGGCAGUGUACGUUGGAGAGUACUCCGACAGUUUCGACCUAAUUGCGCGCCGUAUCCAAGUGACAGACCGUGAUCUGUCAAAGGAGCUGUUCCACGAGGCGUCAGGGGUAUUAAAGCUGACUGGUGCGCGCACUUUCGAGUUCACCGACGUUUUUGGUGUCGUCACGGAGUUCAUGGUCCCUUCGGUGCACUCACAGGAGACUCGUAUCAUCAAGGUCGGCUGCACACAGGGAGAUGAAAACCGCCCCAAGAAUCUGACAAACCGAUCCGGGAAAUUAACGCCUAAACAGCUCCCCUAUUUGCUAGCAUUCUUUUUCUUAGCCUUCAAGUUCCAAGUCCAGCACCAUGGAUCCUGUAUGCACGGUAGGUAG